CCUAACUCUGCAUCCCCACCCUGACCCCUGCACCCCAUCUCCCCAUUGACCCCCGGGUCUCCCAGCACCCCAUCUCCCCGGCACCCCUGCUCCCCCUGGGACCGCGACCAUGGCGUUCAUGGUGAAGAGCAUGGUGGGGGGGCAGCUGAAGAACCUGACGGGCGGCCUGGGCGGCGAGGAGAAGAGCGAGGGCGAGAAGUCCCCGGCCGAGGCGCAGGGAAUGACCCGGGAGGAGUAUGAGGAAUAUCAGCGGCAGCUGGUGGAGGAGAAGAUGGAGAGAGAUGCCCAGUUUGCUCAGCGCAAGGCAGAGAGAGCCACGGUCAGGUCCCACUUCCGAGACAAGUACAGGCUCCCCAAGAACGAAACGGACGACAACCAGAUCCAGCUGGUGGGAGGUGACGUGGAGCUGCCCAAGGAGCUGGCCAAGAUGAUCGAGCAGGACAACGAGGAGGAGGAAGAGAAGAACUCGGUUAUCGGCCAGCUCAGCAACAUCCAGAACCUGGACCUCGACUCCUUGAAGGACAAAGCCUCGGCCACGCUCGAGGACCUGAAGCAGUCGGCUGAGAAGUGCUCCAUGAUGUGAGGUGGCAGCAGCCCCAUUCCCCGCCAAUGGGAUGGGAAGGGAGGGGGGCAGCUGAGCAGUGACGCCUGCAGCAGAGACCCCACUGAUGCUGCCCCCUUUGCCCCAUAGAGCCGGGUCCUCCUCCUGCCUCAACCCCUG